AUGGGCGAUAGUGACGGUGAAAAUAUCGGCUUAAGCGAAGAAAUCAAUUCGAAAGAUGCGGGAAAUAAUCGAAAGGAAAUCGAAGCGAAGAUAUUGGAGUUAAAAAAGGUAAAAGAGCGAAGAAAACAGCGACUACAAAGGUGCGACACGUCUUGUGUCAAUUGUGUGCUGUACAGAGCGAAGAGAACGUCGGAGAAAUCGAGAAGAAUAUCGAGGUACUUUGGGGACUGUUAGAGGUAACUUUGAGCAUUAUUGACGAACUUUGUUUUCUGUACAUAAAGAUGGACGAUUAUGAAAGUAAGAAAGGCUGAAAAUGUAGUUAAGGAAACGUUGCUAGCUAAAGCAAGCAAAAAUGUUAGUGUUGAGGAAGAGCUCAGUCUUACCCCUUCACAACAGUCGACUGGGUCAAACGUGUCUGGUGAGGCGGAGAACACUGGACAAUUUCAGAGUCGUCUCAAAGCCCUGAAACUGCCAGUAUUUGACGGCAACAAAGCGAAAUUUGAGGAUUUCUGGGCAUUGUUUAUAAGUCUAGUUGAUAAAAAUGCUGAGUCGGCAAAUAUUAAAAUGGCCAGACUUAGACAGAGUCUUACAGGGAUUGCAUUACAGGCUAUUCAGGGGCUUGAUGUUUUAAAACCAGAAUACGAAGAAGCAAAGGAAAUUUUAAAAUCAAA